AGCAGCUGUGUCCUCCCCACCGGAGUGGGCGUGUUUUCCAUUCGACUGUUGCCCUUUCCCCUCCAGGCGGCGUCGAAGCGAGCCCGUGUCCGGAUUCGAUUUGAAAAAAAAGCAACAACAACAACACAGCCGAGAAGCCCGGAAGAGGCUCACAGAUCCGCUAUGCCGUUCAUAUCCAAGGAUUGGAGGUCCCCGGGCGAGCUGUGGGUCAAAACGGGCGAGGGAUGGGAGAAGAACAAAGUGCUCGAGUGUUCCAGCUACAAAUGCAACGAAGCUGACAGCAUGGCACCUAUUGGAAAGGAAAAUAUACCUCCAAAUCUUUCAGGAAAAGAAAGCUCCAUGGUUCAGCCUUACUGCCGUAUCACAAAAUCAUCCAAAGAGAUUGCCGGUUUUACUGGGCUGGGCGAAGCCUUGAAAAGACUAGACUGGAGAUCUGCCGUCCGGGAUCGGAGGAGGUUCAACUACAUUUGCAAAUUGCUCGAUCUUCUCUGUUCGGAGAAGCCAUUGAGCGACCUUUCCGGAGGUGUACAGAAAGUGCUAUUCACGAUGCUCGAAGAAGUAGCACAGCAAGUGAGGGAAAGUCAGGAAAAUGUUGCAGUCCUGAGAAAACUGAUUUCCCAACUGCGCGGUCUGGUCGAUAUCGCCUGUUGGGGCAGACCUUUGGGGAGUACGCAGUUGUGGCAACAUCAUCUAGCCGCUAUACACAGGAUAACGCAUAUAUCCAACAACCUUAUGAUCCAACAGCCUGACAGUUCUCCGAAGAUGGAAGAACUCCCUGAGGAAUGUGUGAGGGAGGUACUUCUCCGACUCGGAGACCAUAAAGACCUCGAGGCUUGCAUGGAAGCUUGGUCGUUAAUGGGAAAACUCGGGAAUGAGAGGAGGCUCUGGAAAGAGUUGACAGCUUUUCAUUUUAACCAAUCGCAAAUUAGAAAUCACAUCGUACACAAUCAAAACGGUGCUGUUGAUUGGUCUGCUACCUUUAACACAUUACGAAGAACUUACGGACUGAGAGAGGAUUAUGCUGAGAUGAUUAAAUUGUGCAGACACUGUAGGUGCUUGUUUUGGGGCAGCUUCGGCCACCCUUGCAUAGCCGACGACCCGUCGUUCAGCAACAGGAUCAACAACGAAAUCGAAAAUCAGCACGUGCCGAUUCCCCCACACACUUUUCUAAAGUUUUUCUCACUUUAAAGCACUGGCACUUAACGGUCGGGGAAAAUAAAAAGCCCUGAAGAAUG